UCUCCCGUGAGCUGUACGCGCGCGUCCCUUCGUGAGGAUCGGCUUCCGUAUCGUAUAGCCUUUAGGCUCUACAGCCUCGAGGAACUGAAAGAAUCGGCGUUGUGUUAGGAAUAACGACUUUUCUUCGCAUCCUGGAUUCUCGCAGGACGGGGGAGCCGCGCUGUUCAUCAUGUACCACCGACUGUCAAGGUCGCUGGGGCUCCUAAUAUUUCUUAUAGCAGCACACGUACACGAUACUUCCGCAAAACACCAUCAUAUAAAAUUAAGGCACGGAAGGCAUCGUCGACAACACGGCGGCAGUUAUCUGCCCGGCAACUUCGUGCCGGAUACGGACGAGCCUGAGAGGGGUAACUGGGGACCAUGGUCGACACCGAGCUCUUGUUCGCGCUCUUGCGGCGGCGGGGUCGCACAUCAGACCAGACAGUGUCUCGACAUAGAUGACAGCGGUCAUGACAGGUGCACCGGUGCCUCCCGAAGAUUCUUCUCGUGUAACAUUCAAGACUGCCCCGGCGAGCCGACGGAUUUUCGAGCGGAGCAGUGCGCGGAGUUCAACAAUGUGCCCUUCGAAGGCACAUAUUACGAUUGGAUUCCAUACACCGGAAGUCCCAAUAAGUGCGAACUUAAUUGCAUGCCGCGUGGCGAGCGAUUUUUCUACAGACACAAAGUCGCCGUGGUCGACGGCACUCCAUGCGAAUCUGAAAAGAACGAUGUUUGCGUCAAGGGCAGAUGUAUGCACGUCGGAUGCGAUAUGAUGCUGGGCAGCGAUGCCAAGGAAGACGCGUGCAGAGAAUGCGGCGGCGAUGGCUCAGAUUGCAAUACCGUUACCGGUUUAUUCGACACAGAUGAUCUCCAAGUGGGCUACAUCGAUAUUUUGCUUAUCCCGGAGGGUGCAACAAAUAUCGUUAUAAGAGAAAUACAGCCAUCGAAUAAUUAUCUCGCCAUACGCAACACAACGGGACAUUACUAUUUAAAUGGGAACUGGAGGAUAGACUUUCCUCGCAGCUUGCGCUUCUCGGGCACAAUCUUCCAUUACGCCAGAGAUCCUCAAGGAUUUGCCGCACCCGACACUAUCACAGCCUUAGGACCGACGAAUGAACCGAUUUACGUAGUGCUGCUGUAUCAAGAUCGCAACGUAGGUGUGCAUUACGAAUACAGUAUACCGAAGAAAUUCUCGUCGCGCACGGAUCCGGACAGCUACACCUGGGUAACCGAUCAAUUCUCCGAUUGUAGCGUCAGUUGUGGCGGAGGCUACCAAUCAAGACGGGUGGCCUGUGUGCGAAGACGCGAUAAUCAACCGGUGGAUGAGAGCCUGUGCGAUCCUCAGCUGGAACCGCCCGACACACAAGGCUGCAGCGAAGAACCCUGUCCGCCUAUGUGGGUGGAGGGUCCGUGGUCCCAAUGCACGAAACAUUGCGGCGAGGGAGGCGAGCAAACGCGAGAGAUUAAAUGUGAGCAGAUCGUCUCGGGUGGGAUAGCCUCCGUGGUAGAUGAUUCCCAAUGUCUAGAAAAGGUGGGGCCGAAAGGGCCCGUCAAGCAGGAAUGCAACAGGGACGUGGAUUGCCCGCAGUGGCACGAGGGCCCCUGGAAACCUUGCGAUCACAUAUGCGGACCCGGUAAGCAAACCAGAACAGUCACGUGCUACAGAAAGGUUGACGGCAAGAUUCAAGUUCUGGAAGAUGAGGCGUGCGAAACGGAAGCGCCGGAACGUGAGAAAGCUUGCGAGUUGAGACCUUGCGCCGGUCUCGAUUGGGUCACCUCGGCAUGGAGCGGAUGCGAGGAGAAAUGCGAUCUUACCAAAGAGACUAGAACCGCACAUUGCGCUACUCAGGACGGCGUGGUUUACUCGGAUGACUUGUGUGAUGCAGACAAGAAACCAGAACUGGAAAGAGAAUGCGAGAAAGCCAAAAACUGUGACUUCCAAUGGUUCACCUCGCAAUGGAGCAAAUGUUCAGCAAAAUGUGGGUCUGGCGUUCAAACGCGCAAAGUUUUUUGCGGCACUUUCAGCGACGAUACAGUGAAAAAAGUCCCGGACGAGAAUUGUGAUCCCGAAGAGAAAUUCGAAGAGACUAAGAAUUGCACUGCCAAAGAACCAUGCAAGGGCGAAUGGUUCACAGGACCUUGGAGCAAGUGCUCAAAGCCAUGUGGCGGCGGCGACAUGACCCGUAAAUUGAUUUGCAUGAAGGAUAAUAAAACGGUAUCCCUAAGUCAGUGCGACGCCAGUACCAUCAUGUUCUCCACCGAAAAAUGCAACGAUCAACCUUGCGAGGAAGGCGUGACACCGGCCGACGAAGAACCAGAUGAGAAAAUAACGGACUCGGAAGAAGAAGAAUGCGAGGAAGAGGAAGAGGAGGAUGAGAAGGGUGCCGUUGAAUACAGUCUCCCUGAGGGGAAAGGGAUGAAGGGCAAGCUGAUCGAGCAAACGGAAUCAACACCUCUGAGCUCGCCGUUUAUCGGAAGUGACAUUUACGAUACCAUGUUUAGCGAUUCGACGAGAGGCGAUAUAUCGCCUUCCGAUCUGGGUAGCGGCGAAGGUAGCGGCGACGACAACGAUUUCACCAUGUUUGAUACCAGCUUGUUCACCGGCAGCACGGGCCUCGAUAGCGAUUCCACCGCAAUCGAGGAGAGCGAAAGUCCGGUGAAGGAAACCACGAUCGAAGCUGGAACCGGUACGACGGAAUUCGGGACAGAAGUGACCGAAUCAUCGGACAUCACCGAAGAUACCGACGUGACGUUUGAAGGUUCCGGCACUACUAUCGAGGAAGGAUCCGGCACAAGUCCUGAGGAAGGAUCCGGCGCGAGCGCGUCUACAAAUGUGUUUACGGAGGAAACUACGAUGGAAGAAACUCAGGCAUCCACGUCGGCUGUGACCGCGGAAUCUGACAUUUCCAGCGAAACCGCCGAAUCUACCACCAGUUCGGAAAGUUCGGAAAGUUCGGAAAGUUCAGAAAAGCCAACAACGACCGAGUCCAGCGACAUGACGACUGGAUCCAGUGACAUUACGACCGAAUCAGCUGAUACUGAUUUCACCACCGGUUCAACGGAAACCACAGACUCAUCCAUUACCGAAUCGACAGAAUCUACCGAAACAAAGAUAACUGAUACCACCGAUACGGUGACGACCGAUUCGACGGAGACGCAAACUACUGAUACGACAGAAUCUACAGACACGACAGAAUCUACAGACACGACUGAAUCCACGGAAUCUUCACCAACUACAUCCUCUUCGGAAACAGAAACAACAGUUACGGAAGAAACAGAAACAACCGAGAGGAGCGACGAGACCACUGAAUCCAGCAUUACAACCGAGACAGCAACUGAGACAUCAACAAUGGUCUCUCAGCUAACAACCGAAUUAAAAGUACAAGGCGAGUAUGAUUUCAAUUCGGAGGAACAAAGUACCGACGUCGUAACGACAGUAUCAGGUUCUACCGAAGAAACUGAUCUCACUACAACGAUUAGCACGGAAGAAAGUACUGUUUCCGAGACUAGCUCGACUGAUGAGACUGCAACUACCGGCAGCGAAACAACCGAAUCGGAACAAACUACGGAAUCAGGCGAGACAACUGAGUUGAGCGCCAGCACAACGGAAUUAACUGAGACAACGAAAUUGACUGAGACAACGGAAUUAACUGAGACAACGGAAUUAACUGAGACAACGGAAUUUGAAUCGACGACCGAAUCUAGAGAAGCUACUAUCAGUACGUUAAGUGCGACCACCGAAUCGGGAGCGACUACGGAGUCCGAAAUUACGGAAACUACCGAGUCAGGUGCGACGACGGAAUCGGAGGAGACAACUGUAUCGAGCGAAACGACCGAAUCAUCGGCCACGACGUCGUCUCUCGAAGAGACAACGGUGACUGGUGAAACCACCGUGACGGAAGUUACGUCCUCCACGAUCAGCGGGGAAACCGAUCUUACCGAGAAGACUCAUGUCACGGAGAUAUGGACAACCAGCUUCCCAGAAACGACCGCGCACAAGCGGCAAUGCAAACCGAGGAAGACCUGCAAAAAGACGCCGUUCGGAUGCUGCUACGAUGGGAUCACCCCCGCUCAUGGACCGUUCGGUCAAGGUUGCCCGACGCCGCAGACAUGUAACGAUACGCGAUACGGUUGCUGUCCCGAUGGCGUGUCGCCAGCCACCGGUCCGAAGAACGCGGGUUGUCCUGAUUCUCAUUGUAACGAAUCGCUCUUCGGCUGCUGUCCGGACGGCGUUACCACGUCGCAAGGCAAUGAUUACGAAGGAUGCGAGAAACCGUGUGCAGAAACAGAAUUCGGAUGUUGUCCGGAUAACGAGACUGCAGCGGAUGGAAAGAAUUAUCUGGGAUGUUGUAAUUCUACCGAGUUCGGUUGCUGUCCGGACAAUAUCAAAGCCGCUUCUGGUCCUGAUGGCGAAGGUUGCGAGGAGGAAACCACUUCCGAAACAUCCGAAACGGAGAUAUACGAGACAACGACGCAACCUCUCCCACGCGAAGAUUGCGCAAACACUACCUACGGUUGCUGUCCCGACGGCAUUACCAUUGCGAAUGGCACGAACUUUGCGGGAUGCGGUGUCAUUAAUACUGAAAAUUGCAGCGCGUCCUAUUUCGGAUGCUGCCCUGACGGAGUUUCAGCAGCUCUCGGCCCGGAUAACUAUGGCUGUCGAAUGCCUUGCCACGAUAGCGCUUACGGAUGCUGCGAGGAUGGGGUAACACCGGCGCACGGACCAAACAACGAGGGAUGCUGCUUAUCGACCCCGUACAAAUGCUGUCCGGAUAACAUUCUGCCGGCGCGUGGACCAAACUUCUACGGUUGCGGCUGCCAGUACACGAGAUUUGGCUGUUGUCCGGAUAAUUCGACGGCGGCGCGCGGACCGAGCAAUGAGGGCUGCGGCUGUCAAUAUACGCCUCACGGUUGCUGUCCGAAUCGGUUUACCCCCGCCAGCGGACCCAAUUUCGAAGGAUGCCCGUGUUACACUUACCAAUUUGGAUGCUGUUCCGACGGCAUUACCAUUGCCAAGGGUUCCCAUGGUCAAGGCUGCGGGUGCGAGAAUACGAAAUACAAGUGCUGCUCGGACGGCCGGACCCCGGCGAUGGGACCGAAUUUUGCCGGAUGCACCUGCGAAGCUUCGCAAUACGGAUGCUGUCCGGACGGAGUCGAGGAAGCUCAAGGAGAGAACUUUGAGGGUUGUCUUACGGUACCGUCGAUGCCCGGUGCUGCGUGCGGUUUGAAGAAGGACAGGGGCUCUUGCCGAGACUUCACAGUCAAGUGGUUCUACGAUACCGAUUACGGCGGUUGCUCGAGAUUCUGGUACGGAGGAUGCGAGGGUAACGAGAAUCGAUUCAAAACGCAGGAAGAGUGCAAAGAGGUUUGCGUUCAGCCGAGAGGAAAAGCUGCUUGCUUCUUACCGAAGAUCGCUGGUCCUUGCGAAGGAUAUCAUCCGACGUGGUAUUACGAUGCCGGUAGAAAACAGUGCGGUCAAUUCAUUUACGGCGGAUGCCUCGGUAAUGCUAAUAAGUUCAAAACUAAGGAAGAAUGCGAAGAACUUUGCGUCACGCCGGACGAUGUUGAUGCUUGCGAGCAACCGAAAGAAACUGGUCCUUGCGCAGGCAACUUUACAAAGUGGUACUUUAAUCAAGAAUCGCAGACUUGCGAGCAAUUCAUAUACGGUGGUUGCAAAGCAAAUAAUAACAAUUUCCCGACGGAAAUUGCGUGUCAUCAGCAGUGCCUACAGCCAGGACGAAGGAAAGAUAGUUGCACGUUGCCACGGGCGGAGGGUACAUGCAUGGAGAAGCAAUCUCGAUGGUACUUUGAUCAAUCGGAGAAUCGCUGUAUGCCAUUCUAUUACACUGGCUGUGGUGGCAAUAAAAAUAAUUUUCAAUCUAGAGAUGUAUGCGAGUCUGAUUGUCCGCCCAAGAUCGAACAAGACAUCUGCCUCCUACCCGCUCUCCUGGGUGAGUGUCGCAAUUACACUCAACGAUGGUACUACGACUCCUACGAGCAGCAUUGCCGACAAUUCUAUUACGGUGGAUGUGGCGGGAAUGAGAAUAAUUUCGUGAGCGAGCAGGAUUGCGUCAACAGGUGCGAGACGGCCGUCACCACGCCACCCCCGUCGGGACAACAAAUUGAACAGUUUCGAACAGAAUUCUGUUUCUUGCCCGACGAACACGGCCCGUGCUCCGAGAAUCAGAUCAAGUGGUUCUACGACAGUCGCGACGGCGUCUGCAAGCAAUUCCGAUACGGCGGCUGUCAGAGCAACGGCAACAACUUCAACACUCGCGAGGAAUGCGAGUAUCGCUGCGGAGAAGUUCAAGAUGCUUGCACGCUACCGAAAGUGAUCGGUCCCUGCAACGGCUUCGUGAAGCAGUUCUACUACGAUCAACGCAGCGAUUCUUGCUACGAGUUCGAGUACAGCGGCUGUCAAGGCAAUAAGAAUCGCUUCUUGAAUAGAGAAUCUUGUGAGAGGAAAUGCAGGCGACAGCCGGCAAUCGUUACGCCGCCGGAAGUUACUCAAACCACAGUACUACCGCCGAUCGGAGAACCGAAGAGUCCGAUCUGUUUGUCACCGGUCGAUUCUGGCGAUUGUGACGACUCCAUCACCGCGUAUUAUUACGAUGCGCAACAUCAAAUGUGUCAGGCGUUCAUCUACGGCGGCUGCGGCGGUAACGCUAACAAAUUCCAGACCGAGGAACAGUGCGAGCGACUCUGCGGAAAGUUCCACGGACAAGACAUGUGCAACCUUCCUGUGGACUCCGGUCCAUGCAGAGGCGUUUUCCGCAAAUAUUAUUACGAACCGAGCUUACGCGCCUGCCGUGAAUUCAAUUACGGCGGAUGCGAUGGUAACGCAAACAGAUUCAGCACUAUCUCCGAAUGCGAGUCCAUCUGUAUACAUCACGAGGAGCCUGUGCCCCCUGGAAACGACACCAGCGUUUCGAAUCUGUCGAUCUGUAAAGAACCGGUCGAUAGCGGAUCCUGCACGUCUGGUUCCAGCAAGCGAUUCUACUUCGACGAGGAACGCCAAACAUGUCUGGCGUUCAUUUAUACCGGAUGCGGUGGCAAUCGAAACAGAUUCAAGACUUUCGAAUCAUGCAUUAAUACUUGUCUUAGGACAAGUAACGAAAUAGACGUGGACUCCAAGGACACGAAAGAUCGCUGCGCGGAGGCCAAGGAAGAAUGUAACAUCGUUCGCUGCCCGUACGGCAAGGAACAAUACGUGGAUUCGCAAGAUUGCGAACGCUGCCGUUGCGUCGAUCCUUGCAGGACGAAGAUCUGCCCUGAAGGUACUCGGUGUGCCAUUACUCUGGUCGCUACGCAAGACGGCACGGAGUACAAUGGCGUUUGUCAAUCGAUCGUUAAACCCGGUCGUUGUCCAAGAGUAUCCAAUAGCACGCGGUGCGAGCAAGAAUGCGUUACGGACGCGGAUUGUUCGGGAGAGUGGAAGUGCUGUGAUAGUGGCUGCGGUACAUCCUGUUUGGAACCUGCGCCGGAAGAGCCUUUGACAACGACGUUACUACCCACUGUCACUCCACCGCAAUACGGCGGUGAACCUGCGAUGAUUCAACAACCCGAUGAACCUCGCGUCAGCGCACAGGAGGGCGGUUUCGUCACGUUAAAGUGCGUCGCGUUGGGAACUCCCAGACCGAUCAUCACAUGGAGGAAAGAUACUACAUUGAUUGGACCUUCCGAAACGAGACGACGUAUACUGCUGGAUGGAUCUCUUCAGAUCAUUAAUUUGUACACUUACGACAAAGGAAUUUAUGUGUGUACCGCUGAUAACGGCUUAGGACCACCGGUAAGAGUGGAGUAUCAAUUGGAAGUUACAGCCCCGAGAGAGCUCCCGGUCGCCAUCAUCGGAGAGCCUGACACUCGCAUAACGGUGACGAUGAACUCGCCGAUAGCUCUGCAUUGUUACGCAAUGGGAUGGCCGAGGCCAUUUGUCACCUGGUGGCGCGGUGACCGCAUGUUGCCCUUGUUUUCGGAUAAUUACGAGCAGGAUACCGACUAUACCCUUCUGAUACGCUCGGUAACCUUGACCAACCUCGGUAUUUACACCUGCCAAGCGUUCAAUGGCAUAGGUACACCAGCUUCGUGGUCGGCGACUCUGCAGGCAAUCGGGCCCGUCUACAACGUUAAACCUGAGCACGAGGAGUAUACCAAAUACCUCGUACAACCCCCGAAGAGACCCACUACCGAAAAACCGCAGUAUCCUUACAGACCCACCAGAACGCAAUCGCCCGAAUAUCAGACUUACGCCCCCGUUCGUCCCUCGAAACCACCUCGUAUUCCUAAUGUUAUCCCACUUCAAACCACCACCACCAUCGAACCUGGUGGAGCCAAGUUCAAAGUGCCGGUCAAAGUUAAUGUAUCGGCAGGACAAUCACAAUUUCCCGAAGGCAGUGACAUAAGUAUCGCUUGUGCCGUGGAUGGCUAUCCGAUCCCACGUGUACUCUGGUAUAAGAACGACGAGCUCAUUCAAACAGAUAAUCGAAUCAAGAUUUCUGAACUUAAUCGGCUUAUCAUCAGCGAUGCAAAUCGAGAGGACUCCGGCCGGUAUCGAUGCGAAGCGGCCAAUGAAUAUUUUUCGGAUUCUGAUAGCGUUGAUAUACGCGUAGCUGGCAUCUUCAUUCAUCCUCAUUGCCAGGACAACACGUUCUUCGCCAACUGCGAACUUAUCGUGGAGGCCAAGUUUUGCACGCACAAAUAUUACGCGAAAUUCUGCUGUCGAUCGUGCACAGAGGCCGGGCAGCUGCCGGCGAGAGGACCCCAUCUCGACAACUCGAAGAGAAGAAGAAGGAGAUCCGUUCUGCAUAUGCUCGUCUAAGAUACCAAAUCGACUCUUCGGUAUUUCCGACUCACACGUGAUAGCACAUAUCGAUCUUGGAUCAUGGCUGGCGGGAUACGCGGCAGAGAAGGGAACGGAGAGGAGGGAAUCAUGCGCGCAUCCACCCGCCCCUAUCGGACGUGCCGAAUAAUCGACUUGUUAACUCACUGCCAAAGCCUUAGAGCGUUUAUACAUAGAUAUAAUAUAUAUAUAUAUAUAUAUAUAUAUAUAUAUAUAUAUAUAUAUGCGGUAUAUCCAUCUCUAAACGUAUGCGACUUGCGCCUCUCUAUCCAUGUAUAUACGAUCUGAUGCUGAAUCCUAGUCCGACGGAGCUGUAUUAGGCGGGUUAAUGAACUUGUUCUUAAGAGACCAGUGGAAACGUCGCGACCGCGCAUAUCUCUCAGACGACAUCCCGCGAUAACUGAUUGUAAACAAUGUCGGUUGAUUAAGCGCGUAGAUCGUGUUGUCGAGUCUAUGGGAAAUAUUUUCGAUUGAUGUUCCUUUAAAUAUAUCUUGUGCAUUGCUAUAAUAAUUGCAGUCUUCGAAAUUUUAACCGCGAAAAAUAUAGUUAUAAUAAUAAUUAUAAAAUAUUUGUAUUCACAUUCUUGCGAUCGCGCAAAACUCUUUUUAUAAAACCGGCUUGUCAAAGAUUCGAUAAUUCCCACCCGAAAACACGAUCCGAAGAAUCUCGAUUGAUAUGACGAUAUAGCGUGGCCAUUUUUUUUCUCAUGCAUCAUGGUGUCAGUCAAUGACGCGUGCACGACGUAAUGAAAAAGAAACGAUAUAUAUAUAUAUAUAUAUGUAUGUAUGAAAUAAAGUUCUCUCGCGUAGAAUAUUGUCUAACAACAAGUUCAAGCGGGAUUCCUGUCCCCGGAUUGGACACACUGUGCUGCGUGAUUAAAAAAGGAACCUGUACCUACUUGUAUUAAGCAUAUUAUGCACGUUACGUUGUACAAUAUAAAUAGUUUAUUAUAUUCUCAAUAUGCCAUUUAUAUUCUAUGAUAUUGUUAUUGUUUCUCAUACUCGAAUUAUACAUAUAUUGCCAUAACGCGCGUCGCUGCCGAAUAAAUUACAUCGUUCUUUAUUCAGGAAAAGAGAAGAACGGAUCAGAUGAACUUUUCACUUUUCGCAGAUAAUCGAUAGUAAUCUCUAACGCAAUUAAGAUAAUGAAUAAAAUUUAAAAUUGAAAAAUGAAUAAAAUUUAAAUUAAAAUUUCAUCUUGAAAAUUUUACAAAAAAAGCACAAUACUUAAAUAUGAAUACUUAACACAGACAUGUAAUUUUAUUCGCACGAGCAGCGUGACUUUGUGCCCGACUUGCAAUAUUCUUGAAUUGUGCGUCGCGUUAUAUCUUUCGCUUAUCGUAAGACGUAUGUAUGUACAGUCGAUUUUUCACCGUAUCUAACAAUCAGUUGUAGCUUUCGCGCGUAAAUCUAUUGCAUUUAAUGUUUGUUCCUGACGAAACAUUUUAAUCUAACUCUUAAUUAUAUAUUACAUUUGCUAUUUCGCUAAAUACAUCGUUAUUCAUGAUGUAUUCCAUAGAUCAUAGGGAUACCAAUCGACGAUUAAAAGAAUGGAAAAACGGGAAGAGACAAAAAGUACCAAACUGCAUUUAUACACACACACACACACACCGUAAAUGUAAGCGAAAUCGACGUGUCGCGCGCCUCUGGGACGACUCUCUUGAUUGUUUCGUACUUAAACCGAUUCAGUCGCAGUAAAACGCAGUGCCUUAUUAGAUGACCUUCGAAAGGAUUGGAGAAAGAGUGCUGAAUAUACAAGACGUCUCGUUGUAGUGUAAAUAACCGUCAUGUGUAUUGCGUACCCGCAUAUUUAUUUCCAAAAUGCGCGGCGCAUGUAUAUCAUCUCGUAUAUAUCUAAAUUAUUAGAUUAUAGAUUUAUCCGGAAAACGCGAUGCCACUCGGGAUUUCAACCGCGGGAUACAGAAAUAAAGUAUCGACGAAAAUAUUAAGUACUCUUCUCCUCCGUGCUCCUCUAGACAUUAUCAAAAGACAUGUUAAAAUCGUUAUAGCGACAAGUAUCAUACGUAGAGUAGUGACCCGAUUAAUUGACGAUCUAGUAAGUAUGUAGACAAUCGACGUUGUGUGAUCAGCUGUUUCUGCAGAGAGAAUUCCGAAAUUGGUUGCGGCUGAGAAACAACUUUUUUCGGAGAAAAAAAAAAAAGAAA